AAUGAGAAGACAAAGAAACACACAGCAGAUGAAGGAGCAAGGUAAAAACCCACCAGACCAAACAAAUGAAGAGGAAAUAGGCAGUCUACCUGAAAAAGAAUUCAGAGUAAUAAUAGUAAAGAUGAUCCAAAAUCUUGGAAAUAGAAUGGAGAAAAUACAAGAAACGUUUAACAAGGACCUAGAAGAACUAAAGAGCAAACAAACAAUGAUGAACAACACAAUAAAUAAAAUUAAAAAUUCUCUAGAAGGAGUCAAUAGCAGAAUAACUGAGGCAGAAGAACGGGUAAGUGACCUGGAAUAUAAAACAGUGGAAAUAACUACCACCGAGCAGAAUAAAGAAAAAAGAAUGAAAAGAAUUGAGGACAGUCUCAGAAACCUCUGAGACAACAUUAAACGCACCAACAUUCGAAUUAUAGGGGUACCAGAAGAAGAAGAGACAAAAAAAUGGACUGAGAAAGUAUUUGAAGAGAUUAUAGUUGAAAACUUCCCUAAUAUGGGUAAGGAAAUAGUCAAGUCCAGGUAGCACAGAGUCCCAUACAGGAUAAACCCAAGGAGAAACACUCCAAGACACAUAUUAAUCAAACUAUCAAAAAUUAAAUACAAAGAAAAAAUAUUAAAAGCAGCAAGGGAAAAGCAACAAUAAACAUACAAGGGAAUCCCCAUAAGGUUAACAGCUGAUCUUUCAGCGGAAACUCUGCAAGCCGGAAGGGAGUUGCAGGACAUAUUUAAAGUGAUGAAAGGGAAAAACCUACAACUAAGAUUAGUCUACCCAGCAAGGAUCUCAUUCAGAUUUGAUGGAGAAAUUAAAACUUUUAUAGACAAGCAAAAGCUAAGAGAAUUCAGCACCACCAAACCAGCUUUACAACAAAUGCUAAAGGAACUUCUCUAGGCUGGAAACACAACAGAAGGAAAAGACUUACAAUAACAAACCCAAAACAAUUAAGAAAAUGGUAAUGGAAACAUAUAUAUUGAUAACUACCUUAAAUGUAAAUGGAUUAAAUGCUCCAACCAAAAGACAUAGACUGGCUGAAUGGUUACAAAAACAAGACCUGUACAUAUGCUGUCUACAAGAGACCCACUUCAGACCUAGGGACACAUACAGACUGAAAGUGAGGGGAUAGAAAAAGAUAUUCCAUGGGAAUGGAAAUCAAAAGAAAGCUGGAGUAGCAAUUCUCAUAUCAGACAAAAUAGACUUUAAAAUAAAGAAUGUUACAAGAGACAAAGAAGGACACUACGUAAUGAUCAAGGGAUCAAUCCAAGAAGAAGAUAUAACAAUUGUAAAUAUUUAUGCACUCAACAUAGGAGCACCUCAAUACAUAAGGCAAAUGCUAAGAGCCAUAAAAGAGGAAAUCAACAGUAACACAGUCACAGAAGGGGACUUUAACACUCCACUUUCACCAAUGGACAGAUCAUCCAAAAUGAAAAUAAAUAAGGAAACAAAAGCUUGAAAUGAUACAUUAAACAAGAUGGACUUAAUUGAUAUUUAUAGGACAUUCCAUCUAAAAAACAGCAGAUAACACUUUCUUCUCAAGUGCUCAUGGAACAUUCUCCAGGAUAGAUCAUAUGUUGGGUCACAAACCAAGCCUUGGUAAAUUUAAGAAAAUUGAAAUCGUAUCAAGUAUCUUUUCUGACCACAGCACUAUGAGACUAGAUAUCAAUUACAGGAAAAAAUCUGUAAAAUAUACUAACACGUGGAGGCUAAACAAUACACUACUAAGUAACCAAGAGAUUACUGAAGAAAUCAAAGAAGAAAUCAAAAAAUACCUAGAAACAAAUGACAAUGAAAACACGAUGACCCAAAACCUAUGGGAUGAAGCAAAAGCAGUUCUAAGAGGGAAGUUUAUAGCAAUACAGUCCUACCUCAAGUAACAAGAAACAUCUCAAAUAAACAACCUAACCUUACACCUAAAGCAAUUAGAGAAAGAAGAACAAGAAAACCCCAAAGUUAGCAGAAGGAACGAAAUCAUAAAUAUCAGACCAGAAAUAGAUGAAAAAGAAAUGAAGGAAAUGAUAGCAAAGAUAAUUAAUCCUAAAAGCUGGUUCUUUGAGAAGAUAAACAAAAUUGAUAAACCAUUAGCCAGACUCAUCUAGAAAAAAAGGGAGAAGACUCAAAUCAACAGAAUGAGAAAUGAAAAAGGAGAAGUAACAACUGACACUACAGAAAUUCAAAGGAUCAUGAGAGAUUACUACAAGCAACUAUAUGGCAAUAAAAUGGACAACCUGGAAGAAAUGGACAAACUCUUAGAAAAGCACAACCUUCUGAAAUUGAACCAGGAAGAAAUAGAAAAUAUAAACAGACCAAUCACAAGCACUGAAAUUGAAACUGUGAUUAAAAAUCUUCCCACAGGGCUUCCCUGGUGGCGCAGUGGUUGAGAAUCCGCCUGCCAAUGCAGGGGACACGGGUUCGAGCCCUGGCCUGGGAAGAUCCCACAUGCCACGGAGCGACUAGGCCCGUGAGCCACAACUACUGAGCCUGCGCGUCUGGAGCUUGUGCUCCGCAACAAGAGGCCGCAAUGGUGAGAGGCCCGCGCACCGCGAUGAAGAGUGGCCCCCACUUGCCGCAACUAGAGAAAGCCCUUGCACAGAACCGAAGACCCAACACAGCCAAAAAUAAAUAAAUAAAUUAAUUAAUUAAUUAAUUAAUUAAUAAAAAUUCAGUAAAAAAAAAAAAAAAUCUUCCCACAAACAAAAGCCCAGGACCAGAUGGAUUCACCAGCAAAUUCUAUCAAACAUUUAGAGAAGAGCUAAUACCUAUCCUUCUCAAACUCUUCCAAAAUAUAGCAGAGGGAGGAACACUCCCAAAUUCAUUCUACGAGGCCACCAUCACCCUGAUACCAAAACCAGACAGAGAUGCCACAAAAAAAGAAAACUACAGGCCAAUAUCACUGAUGGACAUAGAUGCAAAAAUCCUCAACAAAAAUACCAGCAAACAGAAUCCAACAGCACAUUAAAAGGGUCAUACACCAUGAUCAAGUGGGGUUUAUCCCAGGAAUGCAAGGAUUCUUCAAUAUACGCAAAUCAAUCAAUGUGAUACACCAUAUUAACAAAUUGAAGAAUAAAAACUAUAUGAUCAUCUCAAUAGAUGCAGAAAAAACUUUCGAGAAAAUUCAACACCCAUUUAUGAUAAAACCCUCCAGAAAGCAGGCAAAGAGGGAACUUACCUCAACAUAAUAAAGGCCAUAUAUGACAAACCCACAGCCAACAUCGUUCUCAAUGGUGAAAAACUGAAAUUAUUUCCACUAAGAUCAGGAACAAGGCAAAGUUGCCCACUCUCACCACUAUUAUUCAACACAGUUUUGGAAGUUUUAGCCACAGCAGUCAGAGAAGAAAAAGAAAUAAAAGGAAUCCAAAUUGGAAAAGAAGAAGUAAAGCUGUCACUGUUUGCAGAUGACAUGAUAGUAUACAUAGAGAAUCCUAAAGAUGCUACCAGAAAACUAUUAGAGCUAAUCAAUGAAUUUGGUAAAGUAGCAGGAUACAAAAUUAAUGCACAGAAAUCUCUUGCAUUCCUAUACACUGUUGAUGAAAAAUCUGAAAGAGAAAUUAAGGGAACACUCCCAUUUACCACUGCAACAAAAAGAAUAAAAUACCUAGGAAUAAACCUACCUAAGGAGACAAAAGACUUGUAUGCAGAAAACUAUAAGACACUGAUGAAAGAAAUUAAAGAUGAUACAAACAGAUGGAGAGAUAUACCAUGUUCUUGGAUUGGAAGAAUCAACAUUUUGAAAAUGACUAUACUACCCACAGCAAUCUACAGAUUCAGUGCACUCCCUAUCAAACUACCAAUGGCACUUUUCACAGAACUAGAACAAAAAAUUUCACAAUUUGUAUGGAAACACAAAAGACCCCAAAUAGCCAAGGCAAUCUUGAGAAAGAAAAAUGGAGCUGGAGGAAUCAGGCUCCUUGACUUCAGACUAUACUGCAAAGCUACAGUAAUCCAGACAAUAUGGUACUGGCACAAAAACAGAAAUAUAGAUCAAUGGAACAGGAUAGAAAGCCCAGAGAUGAAUAAACCCACGCACAUAUGGUCAUCUUAUCUUUGAUAAAGGAGGCAAGAAUAUACAAUGGAGAAAAGACAGCCUCUUCAAUAAGUGGUGCUGGGAAAACUGGAGAGCUACAUGUAAAAGAAUGAAAUUAGAAUGCUCCCUAACAGCAUACACAAAAAUAAACUCAAAAUGGAUUAAAGACCUAAAUGUAAGGCCAGGCACUAUACAACUCUUAGAAGAUAACAUAGGCAGAGCACUCCAUGACGUAGAUCACAGCAAGAUCCUUUUUGACCCACCUCCUAGAGAAAUGGAAAUAAAAACAAAAAUAAACAAAUGGGAUCUAAUGAAACUUAAAAGCUUCUGCACAGCAAAGGAAACCAUAAACAAGACAAGAAGACAACCCUCAGAAUGGGAGAAAAUAUUUGCAAACGAAGCAACUGACAAAGGAUUAAUCUCCAAAAUAUACAAGCAGCUCAUGCAGCUCAACAUCAAAAAAGCAAACAACCCAAUCCAAAAAUGGGCAGAAGACCUAAAUAGACAUUUCUCCAAAGAAAAUAUACAGAUUGCCAACAAACACAUGAAAGGAUGCUCAACAUCAGUAAUCAGUAGCAAAAUGCAAAUCAAAAGUACCAUGAGGUAUCACCCCACACUGGUCAAAAUGGCCAUCAUCAAAAAAUCUACAAACAAUAAAUGCUUUAGAGGGUGUGGAGAAAAGGGAACCCUCUUGCACUGUUGGUGGGAAUGUAAAUUGAUUCAGCCACUAUGGAGAACAGUAUGGAGGUUCCUUAAAAAACUAAAAAUAGAACUACCAUACAACCCAGCAAUCCCACUACUGGGCAUAUACCUUGAGAAAACCAUAAUCCAAAAAGGAUCAUGUACCACAGCGUUCAUUGCAGCUCUAUUUACAAUAGCCAGGACAUGGAAGCAACCUAAGUGUCCAUCGACAGAUGAAUGGAUAAAGAAGAUGUGACACAAUGGAAUAUUACUCAGCCAUAAAAAGAAAGAAAAUUGAGUUACUUGUUGUGACGUGGAUGGACCUAGAGUCUGUCAUACAGAGUGAAGAAAUAAAGUCUCUGCUUUCACUUUUUGGAGGUCAGUUCACCAGUAGUCAGGAAACUUAUGGAAAGUCUCCUUUUUGGAUUCUUAGCAUCCCCUCUGAAGAUAUUGCCAGAAACUUAAUGAAACGGACAGUGUGUGCCAAGUCUAUAUUUGAACUAUGGGGUCAUGGAAAGUCUCCAGAGGAGCUGUAUAGUUCUUUGAAAAACUACCCUGUGGAUAAGAUGGUUCCGUUUCUGCAUUCAGAUUCUACAUAUAAAAUAAAGAUUCACACAUUUAAUAAAACGUUGACACAAGAAGAAAAAGUCAAACGGAUAGAUGCACUUGAAUUUCUGCCAUUUGAAGGAAAAGUGAAUUUAAAGAAGCCACAACAUAUAUUCUCUAUUUUGGAGGAUUAUGGUUUGGACCCAAACUGCAUCCCUGAGAAUCCACAUAAUAUCUAUUUUGGUAGAUGGAUUGCAGAUGGGCAGAGAGAGCUUAUUGAGUCAUACAGUGUCAAAAAGAGACACUUUAUUGGAAAUACAAGCAUGGAUGCUGGUUUAUCAUUCAUCAUGGCCAACCACGGAAAAGUGAAAGAAAAUGAUAUUGUAUUUGAUCCAUUUGUUGGAACAGGUGGCCUUCUGAUAGCAUCUGCUCAUUUUGGUGCAUAUGUAUAUGGGACAGACAUAGACUACAACACCGUUCAUGGCUUGGGAAAGGCUAGUAGGAAAAACCAGAAAUGGAGAGGACCAGAUGAAAACAUUAGGGCAAAUCUUCGUCAGUAUGGUUUAGAGAAGUAUUACCUUGAUGUCCUGGUUUCAGAUGCAUCUAAACCUUCUUGGAGGAAGGGCACAUAUUUUGAUGCAGUCAUCACUGAUCCUCCAUAUGGUAUUAGAGAGUCUACAAGAAGAACAGGUUCACAGAAGGAAAUACCAAAGGGGUUAGAAAAAUGUCCAGAAAGCCACGUUCCUGUUUCCUUGAGUUAUCAUCUGAGUGAUAUGUUUUUUGACCUGUUAAACUUUGCAGCUGAGACCCUCGUAUUAGGUGGAAGACUAGUCUAUUGGUUACCAGUGUACACACCAGAAUACACUGAAGAGAUGGUACCCUGGCACCCUUGCUUGAAACUCAUCAGCAACUGUGAGCAGAAGCUUUCCAGUCACACAUCAAGGCGCUUGAUAACGAUGGAAAAGGUGAAGGAAUUUGAGAACCGGGACCAGUAUUCACAUCUGCUGAGUGAUCACUUUCUGCCGUACCAAGGUCAUAAUUCCUUCCGUGAGAAAUAUUUCAGUGGGGUAACAAAAAGAAUUGCCAAGGAAGAAAAAUCUAACCAGGAGUGAAAAUUAGGAUUUUGACGAUGGAGAAAGAAUAAGGAUUUGAUAGAAAAGACAUCUGGAUGUGAACUUUCAUGUAUGAUACAGGAAAUGUACUGUUUUAAAUAAUUUUAUAUAACAAAAUAAAUGCUAUAAAGUCAACUGAACAAUUCUUUUAACGUUAGCUUUGUUUUAUAGACUAUUUUGUUGGAUGUGGUCUUUUGAACUUUAUAUUUAUGCUUUCAAGUAUUAUGGAAAUUGAAAACAGUUAUAUUUUUGGUAAUUAAUUUACAAAUGGUGUUGACUUUUUAAACAGAUAUCUGCUGGAUAUGUUAUAGGCAUUAAUAGUGUUUGAGAAUUUAUUCAUUAGGUAGGCUUGUUUAAUUUUGUUUCUGAUUGUAAUUGUUUUACACUGUCACUAAUAAAGCUUACUGAGGAUUCCUAAAAUCGUGUAGUAUACAGAGGGGAUGUGAUGAAGGAAAUGAAUUUUUAUUUAUAAAUCCCAGACAAGUAAGUAAUCACAAUGAUAAUGGUGAUGAUGAGAAAGGCUAGGACCUGACAACCUAAAAAGAUUCCAAACUCCUUGAGGCCUGUCCACAUCUGAAGCUCGUCUGUACCUUGGAUUUGCUUCUGCAUUCCUAAACCUUGACUGUCGGUCAAGUUAACUACCCACAAUUUUUGGUUUAGAAAGUAACUGAUAGUUAAAAGCAGUAACAACAACACAAAUCCUUGAUGGUUCCCUAAUGGUAUUAAGUCUAAUCAGAGCUCUUUGAAAUAGAAGCUGUAUUUUCUUGAAGGAGAAACUUUGCUGAGUCCACAUUGUGUCCAUCAUGAAAAUAUCUUGUUUGAAAACCACUCUACCCAUUAAUUCAGGAUGCUAAUAGCUUUCCUGCUCUCGGUGAUCAGUGUACCUCAGCAGGACGGCAGUAAACGAAUCCUCUCUCUUUAACCAGAGCCUAUUUUUAUAUAUGCUAUUAUUAUUAUUUUAGUGUUACUGCUGGCUUUUAUGGACUCAUAACUUGAACGUGCAUAGCUUAGGACCUCCAGAAGACCAGUGCUGCCCAAGCCAAGAGAGAGAGCAGGCCGUCCGCUUAGUUCUGCCUCCUUUUCUUGUCCUGCAGCUCUGAAUUUCAGCAGCAGAUCUCAAACAUUUCAGUGAUUGUUUUGUUUGGGUUUCUGGAUGUGAUUUGUGGUACACUGGGGAAAAUCUAAGAGUAUUCAAGGAUGAUUUAUUUUCAGUAUUUCUGUUGUAAACUGACUUAUUUAAAAUUUUUUGAGGUUAUAUGGGGGGUGAGUUUGAAACUUUGUAGCUGACUAAAUUUGGAAUGAGAUUUUAGCCUUGCCCCAUUUUUUGGUUGUCACAAAAAUUAGUCCAAAUUAGUUCCAAAUUAGAUCUGGAAAAGUUGCAACAUUAAUUUUAGUCACUUUGUUCUUAAAAAUUAUCCAACAUUAAAAAAAAAUAUUUCAAAUUAUUUCUUAUUACCAUUAGUGGAGGCCUUCUAAUCUUUAAUUCUUCAUUGUUGUGAGGUUUAUUUUCAUAUAUAUCAAUAAGUUCAGUCUCCCACUCCUGAAAUGUCACUGGACUCAGAGUGUGCAUUUGUGCAGUUGUUUUAAGGUUGGUACUCAGAAGUGAAAAAGAAACCUGAUCACUUUCAACCGAUUUUGAUUUUAGUGCAGGUAACACGUCCUCUUAUUUUAAAAAAAGAGACUUUAUUUUCUGGCAUCAGGAUCUUACUACUUCUGCAUAAGUUGGAGAAGAUCAUUUCCGGGAUUGCUUUAGUUUUAUGUGUAUUCCUCAUGCACUUACCAGCAGGAAUAUCACCUACCAAAAUGCCUACAUUUUAGGUAGUCCUGUAGUAUGAAUUUACAGUGUAAUCUGUGAGCGAACCCUAGGUGGUCUGUGGGCUGGCCUAUUUAAUGUUUAUAAUAUGACAGACUAUAAUUUUGUUUCUGGCAUAUAUUAAAACAUCCGUAGAAUACAGACGGUUACGGAUGUAACCGUCUUAGUGGUGUUUCAUCAUAAGUAACCUCCUUCCCAUCCAUUCUGGUGGAUUUUUUUCUUUUUUUUUUUUUUUUUUUGCUGUGAUAGCUGGGAAGGAAUAGUGGAAUAGGAGGUCUUUGGGGUAUUUAGCCAAAGUGGCCAACAGAUUAAAAAAAGUUUAAAAUCUGCUACAAAUUUCUAGCCGCUUCCUGCCCAAGGUGACCCAGGUCUAGGCCUGUUAGCCACUAACUUCCUUAUGACUAAUUCUUUAAGUACAGAGAUUGAGCAAUGAAACAUUUUCAAACUGUUUAAACUCUGGGAGGUUAAGUCAGUGUUACCAUUAUUUCCUUAUGGAGGAAACGCACUUAAAAUUUGAUAUACCCUACAUAUUUAAGAAGAAUGGUGAUUACAACUAAAGAACUUUAUUUCAAGUUUGGUAGGGAAAAGUAGAGUAUGAGUUAACAUACCAAAUGCAUCGUAGUGAAUGUGUUUACAUUAUUGGAUGAAAAAUGUGCUUUAAAAGUUUGGGACAGAAACAACUUUUAAGGUAAUAUGUUUUAUACUCUUAUAAUUAAACAAUCAGGGAUGACUUUUUUUUUUUAACAUCAGGAAAUUAGAUGUUAAGUUUGUGUUAUCUAGAUGCCAAUAUAAGCAAAUCUGACUCUUGAAUCAAAGGGCUUAGUCCUUUUGGGUUAAGAGAACUAACCCAUGCUGGAAAUAUUAUCAAGUAUUGCUAAUCCAAAGAGAUAUGUAAUAAAACAUUAUGUGUUGAAAAUCAAAGGUGACAUUUUUUGGGGGAAAUGAUCUUUCUACACCAUUCUAAUCUCCCUCGUAAAACCACAGUGCAACUAAGUUGAUGUUCAUGGUUCUAAUACUAAAGAAGGCACUGGCCCUGCAUAAAUUCAUUAAUGGAACAUAGGGGUAGAAAUGGAGGUUGG